CCGCUCAGUGGGAGUCGCCCAUGGGAAGGAAGCGUUUCUCGGGAGCACGACUUCCGGCCCGGAAGGAAGCCGCCGCCUUUUCUCCCACCCCGCCACGCGAGGCUGCGGCGCACGAUUGAAGAAUGUCACGGGUUCCACUGGGGAAAGUCCUCCUGAGGAAUGUCAUCCGGCAUACGGAUGCUCACAAUAAGAUUCAGGAGGAAUCUGACAUGUGGAAAAUCAGAGAACUAGAGAAGCAAAUGGAGGAUGCUUACCAGGGGACCAGAAGGAACAUGGUACCCAGUAGCUCAAGUCGGAUGAGAAGUGAUGGUUUUGAUGAAGAAAGUCAGAGAGACUACUGGAGGCCAAAAAAUGAAAUUUCUGGGGCCCUGGAAGAUGAUUUUCUUAAGGCUAAAUCCUGGAACAAGAAGUUAUAUGAGUAUGAAUCCAACAUGCCAGACAGAUGGGGUCACAGUGGUUAUAAAGAGUUGUAUCCUGAAGAGUUUGAAACAGACAGUAGUGAUCAGCAGGACAUUACCAAUGGGAAAAAAACAUCUCCCCAGGUAAAAGCAUCUGCCCAUGAAUCCCGCAAACAUAAGAAGUCAAAGAAAUCCCAUAAAAAGAAGCAGAAAAAGCGGUCCCACAAAAAACAGAAGAAAAACAAAAAGGAAGCUAUGGACAUAGCAGCAGAUUCCUCAAGUGAGUUCUCAGAAGAAACUGGAGCUUCUAGUACCAGAAAAAGGAAGCAACCACACAAGAGCAAGAAAAAAUCCAGGAAAAAGUCUCCUAAAAAAUCUUUACCUUUAGGGGGAGAAAGGGCUACUUCCCAGUCAGAUGAUUCAGCAGCUAGCAGUUCUGAGGAAAUUGAGGAAAGAGACACUAAGAAAACCAAAAGGAAAAAGAAAGAGAAAAGUGUUCAUGUUCCUGUGGUUAGCCCUGAAGUACAGGAGAGGACGAGCAAGCGCAGGAAUUGGAAAGUGGCUACGGAUGCAAGGUCUGCUGAAAGCUCAGAAGAUGACUAAGUGGGAAAGCAGCCGUCCUGCUUCCCACGGACUCUGGUUGUCUGCAGCUCUUAAUAGUGGGGUUUGCUAGUGGCUCCUUCAGCACAGGAGUCGGAGGUCAGAGUUGUCCUACCACAGAUACCUUUUUUCCUAUUUCAGAUUGUUAAUCUCCAUCCCCUUUUGUUGUUAAUAGGGAAUCUGGUAUUUUGUUAAGGUUUCUUGAAGAGAUUAUUUUUUGCAAUUAAUCACUUAGGGUAGAAUAUCUAUACAGCAAAUUAAAGAACCCAGAAAGCUGAAAUCAGUAAUGAUCUGGGUACACCAAUUGGAAUGCUGGAUUUGGGGGAAUCAAGGGUCUGGGAUGAAGAAAGGAUUGUAAGUAGUGCUAGAUGGAAUAGUUUGACAAGGAAAACUUGCUAUUUAUACAGGAGGUAUCCUGACUUCAGCUUUGGUGCUUUGAUUCUUCUAUAGUUGGGCCCUACAGGUAUCUAAUUUACUUAGCGAGGAAAUGGGUGUAAGAACAAACCUUUUCCCUUCAUGGUAGGAUCCACAGAUGACGGCUAAGUAAUGUAGGGUUUUCUGCCUAAUUUCCCUGCUGGUCAGGGUCUACAGUGACAUUUAGUAUAACCCAAAUAUAAUAGUAACUGGAUAGUAAUUGGUUUUCUAGUUCCAUUGCUUUAUAUUGCCUGAAAUGGGCUUGUGUUUGAAAUUAUUUGUUCAGUUGUCCUGUCUAUCAAAUGGUAAGAAUUAGGAAGUAGUCACAUUGCCAAUGAUGCUUUCAAAGAGAUUCAGGGCAACAGCCAUCUAAAUGUUUUUUGUUUUUUGUUUUUUUUUUUUUGCCAAGUUGGGGAUUGAACUGAAGGCCUUGCAUACACUAGGCAAGUGCUCUACCACUGAGCCAUACCCCCAGCCCUGUUGUUUUCCUUGUUUUUUUGUUUUGUUCUUGAGACAGGGUUUCUCUGUAGCUUUGGAGCCUGUCCUGGAACUAGCUCUUAUAGACCAGGCUGGCCUCAAACUCACAGAGAUCCGCUUGCCUCUGCCUCUCAAGUGGUUGGGAUUAAAGGCAUGCCCCACCACCGCCCAGCUUGCUUGUUCAUUUCUAAUUCUAUUAAUGAAUUUUAGUUUCCCUGAAACCAGAUGAAUCAGUUCCAAAAUGAAACACACUCUCAGGGACAUACCAGUCUGACUUUGUGUUAUGAUUAUCAAGAACAUAUUAUUUCCCCCUGCUAUACUGUGAUCCUGAUAGUAAAAGAAACCAAAAUACCACUGAAAAGUGGCUGGUAGUUGACUUUUCAUAAGAGGAAAGAUAAGUGACAUUGUCAGGGCUUUUGUGUUUGAGGUUGUCACUUUUGGUACUGAGUAGAAAGCACAAAAGCUCAGACCUAACACUGGGUCAUGGUUCUGCCACUGAUUGAUGAGCUCUAGAGCAGGUUAAGUUAACCUCCAGGCCUUACUUUUGCAGGUGUAAUACAGAAAUACUUCAUGGUUAGCAUGAGACACCAGCAAUAGAACACUACUAUGCUGACAUCCCACGAAGUAGCAUUUUAUAGUUUAACUAAAUUUGUGCUCUUUAUGGAACAUACUUCUAAUAAACUGCUUGUUUUUAAAGUACACAGUUGGCCAGAUGUGCCCUAGCCCUUGAUUGAGAGCAGGUGCUACCUUUUGGGAUCUUGAGACUUUGGUACUCAAAUGCUUAUGUUCCAUGAUAUGCUUUUUUUUCCUUGGGUUUAACAGAGGUUAAUGGGAGGAGAGUCUAGUUACUACCUCAUAACCUUGAAGCAAGUGAAAUCUUUGUUGGAAGUAGUUUUGUGCGACGGGAGUACUGAUUCUAAGCAUGGUCUCAGGAAGAUGGUCCUGCAGAAUAAGGCACUUGAAAGAAGCUGGUUUUGUUUGGGUCUUGACCUUUACCGUCCUCCCAUACUAACAGGCUUUUCUCUUCCCCAAGGAAUGCACAUUUUGCCUGAUUAUUUUUUUACACUUCCCCAACCAUGUUCAUCUUUUCUCAGUCACAUAAGCAAUAAAAUUGUUUUCUGUUCUAAUCCUUACCCCUAAAUUCCCUUCCAUGCCUUAGGCGUUGAUCUCUAAUCCCCUUAACGAUGGCUUAGGGUGGCUUUUCAAAACCCAUGAUCUCCCAUUUGCACUACCAGCCACGGAACACUUUUUAGUGUUUUGUCAAUCAGAGAUCUCUAUGCUGCAUCCUAAACCGGGACUUAGAAGAAAAAGAAUUGGAGACUUCACAUUUAUUAACUGGUGUUAUACAACCUGGAAUUACUGAAUUCCAAUAAAUAAAAUUUCACUUUUGGA